AUGGAAGAUGGAGGAGACCCUCCAGCAAUGGGUCUGGGGAAUUCUGGAGCCACCUCCUCCUGUCUGGGCCACGCCCUGGAGCAGGGGGGAGGACAAUGUUGCCUGUGUAUCAUUACCCCUGGCAGCUUGGAGCAAAGGGGGGGAGGGAGGGGCAGCUCCACCCUGGCCUCUCUGAGCCUCUUCCUCCAGGCCCAGCCUCUGCUGACUGCCAUCACAGCCGACCAGCAGGGCUCCUCCCCGGGCUCCUCCACGCACCAGACAUCGCCAAAGGAGCGGAGUCAGAUUGCUGUGGCUGAGGGACUGGCAGCCAGGAUUCUUGAGAAGAACCUGGAAGGUCCCACCAUGGCCUCUGACUAUGAGGCGGGCCAUAUCCGAAAGCUGCAGAGUCGACACGCACGCGUGCAAGAGAAGACAUUCACCAAGUGGGUCAAUAACAUCUUCCGGCUGAGCCAGGUGGGCAUCAGGAUCCAGAACCUGUACACGGAGCUGGCCGAUGGCACCCGCCUGCUGCGGCUGCUGGAGCUCAUCUCGGGAGAGGCCCUGCCGCCGCCCAGCCACGGCCGCCUGCGCGUGCACUUCCUGGAGAACAACAGCCGGGCACUGGCCUUCCUCAGGGCCAAGGUGCCUAUUCCUCUCAUCGGACCAGAGAACAUCGUGGAUGGAGACCAGUCGCUCAUCCUGGGGCUCCUGUGGAUCAUCAUUCUGCGGUUCCAGAUUUCCCACAUCUCCCUGGACAGGGAGGAGUUUGGAGCCAGCGCAACCCAGCUGUCCGCCAAGGAAGCUCUGCUUAUUUGGUGCCAGCGGAAGACAGCCAGCUACGCCAACGUGGACAUCACCGACUUCUCGCACAGCUGGAGUGACGGGCUGGGUUUUAACGCUCUCCUCCAUGCGCACAGGCCAGACCUGCUAGAUUAUAGCUCCCUGCGGCCCGAGCGCGCGCUGCACAACCUGGCGUCGGCCUUCCACGUGGCUGAGCGGGAGCUCGGCAUUGCCCAGCUGCUGGACCCCGAGGACGUGGCCGCUCCACAGCCAGACGAGCGCUCCAUCAUGACCUACGUCUCCCUCUACUACCACUGCCUCUCCCGCCUGCACCACGGGCAGACGGUGCAGAAGAGACUCGCCAAGAUCUUACUUCAGCUCCAGGAGACCGAGGCGCUGCAGACUCAGUACGAGCAGCUGGUGGCCGACCUGCUCCGCUGGAUCACAGAGAAGCAGAUGCAGCUGGACGCCAGGGAUUUCCCGGACUCCCUGCCUGCCAUGCGCCAGCUGCUAGCGGCCUUUGCCUGCUUCCGCACCCAGGAAAAGCCGCCCAGACUGCAGCAGCGGGGAGCCGCCGAGGCCCUGCUCUUCCGGCUGCAGACUGCUCUCCGGGCCCAGAACCGCAGGCCCUACCUGCCUCCAGAGGGCCUGAGCCUGGCAGAGCUCUCCCAGCGCUGGUCAGGGCUGCAGCGGGCAGAGGCGGCCCGGAGCCAGGCCCUGCAGCAGAGACUACUAAAGCUAGAGCGACUGGAAACUCUGGCCGGGCGCUUCCAGCGCAAGGCAGCCCUCCGGGAAAGCUUCCUAAAGGAUUCAGAGCAGGCUCUGGACCAGACCAGGGCCCCCCCAGCCAGCUCAGUCACCGUGGAGGCAGCCUCCCAGAGGCUGGGCAUGCUGGAGGCCAGCAUCCUGCCCCAGGAAGGACGUUUCCAGGCCCUGGCUGAGAUUGCAGACAUCCUCCGGCAGGAGCAGUAUCACAGCUGGGCAGAUGUGGUCUACAGGCAGGAGGAGAUCGCCCAGCGCUGGCACACCCUCCUUCAGAGUCUCCAGAAGCAAAGGAAGCAGAUGGCAGGCACGCAGGCUGUUCUGAGCCUGCUUCAGGAGGUGGAGGCCGUCUCUGACCAGCUUGAGGAGCUGCAGGUGGCAGCCAGCUCCACAGCCUGUGGGCAGCAGCUGGCAGAAGUAAUGGAGCUGCUGCAGAGACAUGACCUGUUAGAGGCACAGGUCUUGGCCUAUGGGGCACAUGUGAGCCAUCUCGCCCAUCAGAUUUCAAAGCUGGACUCCUCCCUGGGUACCGGUGUGGAGAUGCUUCAGGCUAAGGCCCAGGCACUUGACCACAUCUAUCAGAGCCUGGUAUCUCUUGUUAAGGCCCGGCGUAUGCUGCUGGAGCAGAACCUGCAGCAGACAGAGUUCCUGCACCGCUGUGAGGAGGAGGAGGUCUGGUUGCACAACUGCAGUAGACAAUUGGUGGAGAAAGCAAGCUUGGGCCGGGACCUCAGCGGGAUCGCAGUGGCCCUGCAGAAACACAAGGUCCUGGAAGCCGAGCUGCACCACCACCAGGCCGUGUGCACUGACCUCACGCAAAGGGCUCGCCACCUGAGCACCCACGGGCCCACGAGGAAUCCCGAUCCCUGGGAGAGGGCGGAGGCCGUGCAGCGAGCUUGGGAGCAGCUGUGGACGCGGGCGGCGGGGCGGGGCGCCUGGCUGCAAACAGCCCUGCAGGUGGCGCAGUACCUGGCGGAAGCCGCCGAGGCGGCUUCGUGGCUGCUCCAGCAGCAGCAGGCCGUGCUGGGGGAGACAGAGGCCGCGCACGGCCAAGCGCAGGCCCCGCAAGGCCAGGCAGAGGCUGAGGACCUGUUGCUGCGCCACCUGCGGCUGGAGCGCGGCGUGCGCGCCUUCGCGGCGGAGCUGCAGCGGCUGGAUGAGCUGGCGCGGGCCGCCGCAGCCCGGGCAUCGCUCACGGAAGAUCCCUCAGAAGGCUGGGGCAAGAUGAAUGGAGACACAACUAGGAGACCCCUGCAGGAGACCCACACGCCAGCAGCACCAGACAGCCAGGGCUUGAGCGCCCAGGCCUCCAGAGCGGGCCUCACCUGGCUCCCAGAGACCGCCCUGGACACCUGGAAGCUGGCGGAACGGGUGGACUGUCAGGACAAGAUGCCCAUCAGCCACAGCGGGGAGCAGAAGCCUCAGGAGGUGGCUGCGCUGAGCCUUCCAGGGGGAGGACCUAGGAUGGCUCCUCCGGCGGAGUCUGACCUUGACUUUGACCCUAACACCACACUCCAGACACAGGAUCGCUUGAGACAGGACUAUGAGGGCCUGUGCUCCCUGGCAGAACUCCGCAGGACCCAGCUGGAGGAGGCAGUGGCCAUGUGCGGCUUCUGCAGCUCCUAUGGGGAGCUCCGGUCAUGGAUAGAGAAGCAGGCGGCCCUGCUGGGAACACUGCACCCCCGGGGCGACAACCUGGAGGCCAUGCAACGCAAGUAUGAGAACUUCCUCGCUGCCCUUGCCACGGGCCAGGGCCGCCGGGCUGAGGUCAGCGGCUGUGCUGCGCAGCUGAAGCAGAGGUGUCCUGCAGCUGCCGCCAAAAUCCAGCAGAUGCAGGAGGACCUGAGCCAGAGGUGGGGGCGGCUGGAGGCGCUGAAGGAGGAGAAGCGUGUGCAGCUGGCGCACCGCGCAGAGGCGUGCGGCUUUCUGCAGGAGUGUGGCCCCAUGCGUGCCCAGCUGCAAGACGUGAUGCUGUGGCUGGAGACGCUGGAGCCAGGGCGCGCAGAGGACAGCCAUGGCGCCCUACACCUGACCCAGCAGAAGAUUCUGGUACUGGAGAGGAGGAUCCAGAGCCUCCAAAGGGUGGCGGAGUCGGGCCCUGCAGAGUGCCCGCCGCUGCGGGAGCACGUGGAGGCGCUGCAGACGCUGCUGAAGCAGGUGCAGGCGCGAAUGGCCCGGCGCGUCCAGGCCCGGGCGGAGGCUCGGGCGCAAGAGAGCUUCCUGCAGGACAGCCGGCAGCUUCUGCUGUGGACGCAGGGCCUCCAGGCCCAGCUGGGCAGCGAGGAGGAGCCAGGGGACCCGGGCUCAGCCCAGCGGCUGCUGAAGGCGCUUGGAGCCCUGCGAGAGGAGAUGUGCCUGUGGCAGGAGAGGCUGCAGCAGCUGGAAGCUCAGAGCCCCUCCAUGGUAGCCAUGGACUCCCCCUACUCCCAAGAAGUGGCCAGUGCAGUGAGGCUCCUGGGCCAGCACAGCCGGGAGCUGAAGGCCGUGUGGGAGCGGAGCCGGCAGCGGCUGCAGGAGGUUCUGGAGCUGCAGAGGUUUGGCAAAGAAGCGGAUCGUUUCACCGCCACCUGUGCCAGCCUGGAUGCCUUCCUGUGCCUGGACAGCCUGGGGGAGGAUGUGAGGGAGGCCCAGCGCCUGCUGCAGCAGCACCGGAGGCUUGAGUGGUCCCUGAGCGCCCUGGGACCUCGGGCGGAGGCCCUGCGGACGUACGGCGAGAAGCUGGUUCAAAGCCCACACCCUGCUGGGUACAAGGUCAGAGAACAGCUGCAGAGUGCACAGGCGCAGUGGAGCCGACUUCAGGAGAGGAGUGAGCAGAGGAGGGAGCGGUUGCUGGCUUCGGUGCAGCUACAGGGAUGGAAGCAGGAUAUUGCUGAGCUGGUGCUGUGGCUGGAGGACAAGGGGCUGGCGGCGGCGGAUGGGCAGCCCCAAAGGCCGAGUGACGUUCUCCGAAAACUCAGAUGGCAUGAAGCGGCUGUGAGCGAGCUGCUGGCCGCGCGCCAGCACGUGGAGCGCCUGCAGCAGACUGGGAGAGAGCUGUCAUGCAGUAUGCCGUAUGCCAGGGAGGACAUACAGACUCGGCUUGAGGGCUUGAGUCACCACUGGGAAGACUUGAACCACAAGAUGGCUGCGCGUGGGGAUGCGCUGCUGCGGGCCGGGCAGCAGGGACAGCUCCUGGGGCUCCUGCAGGAUGUCACAGAGAAGAUGGAGCAGCUGGAGGGGGCCCUGCAGAGUGCAGAGACCGGGCAGGACCUGUGUGCCAGCCGGAGUCUGCAGAAACGGCACCAGCAACUAGACAACAAGAACCAAGUGCUGGCCGGCAAGAUGGAGGCCCUCAUGUCCCAGGCCCGUGCUGAGGUCAGCUCACAGUCCAUCCUGGAAGAGACCCGGCAGUGCCACGAGAGGUUCCAGUCCCUGCAGGGCCGUUUGGCCGCCCGGCGCCUGCGGCUGCAGGCCACAGUACAGCUGCACCACUUCCACCAGCUCACCCGCCUGGAGCUCACCUGGGUGGCCGAGCACCUGGCCAGCGCCAGCCCCGCCAGCGGCAGCCAGGGCUGGGAAGGUGCCCACAGCCUUCAACGUAAACACGAGGUGCUGCGGGCCGAGGUGAGAGCGCACCAGGGGCAGGUGCACCGGGUCCUGGGCUUCGGCCGGAGCCUCGGAGCCCCCGGACACCCCCACGCCCAGCACGUCACGGAGCAGUGCCUGAAGCUGGAAGGCCGCUGGAGAGAGCUGGAGCAGGCGUGUGAGGCUCGAGGCCACUGCCUGCAGCGGGCCGCCGCCUGCCAGCAGCGCUUUCUGCGCAUGUCAGAGCUGGAGGGCUGGGUGGAGGAGGCGCGGCCGCUGCUGAGCAGUCAGGACUUCGGCACAGAUGCCAGCGCCACCUGCAGGCUGAUUUGGAAACACCAGGUGUUGCAGGAGGAGCUGGCUCUGCGCUGGAGUUCCAUGCUGGAGCUGGAGCAGAGUGCCCAGGGCCUGGCUGGCUCCGAGGCCUCUGAGCAGCUGGGCACCGUGCAGAAGAGGCUCUGGGAGCAGCUACGGGCUCUCCAGGAGUUGGCUGCCACCCGGGGCCUGGAGCUUGAGGGGACUCUGAGAUUCCACGAGUUCAUGAGCGAAGCGGCGGAUCUGCAGGGCUGGCUAGACAGUCAGAAGCAGGUGGUCAGGGCAGGGGAGAGCCUGGCAGAGGACCCCGAGCAGGUGCAGCACCUCUGCACCGAGUUUGCCAAGUUUCAGCGCCAGGUGGAGGCGGGCGGCCGGCGCGUGGCCUCCUGCCGGCAGCUGGCGGAGGCUCUGCCAGAGCCCCGCGCCCGCCAGACGCAGCAGGAGCUGCAGGCCUCAUGGUCGGAGCUGUGGGAGCUGACCCAGGCCCACGGCCGCCUGCUCCGAGAGGCCCAGACCACGCUCGGCCUUCACAGGGAUCUUCAGGAAGCCCUCACCCAGAUCCAGGAUGCCGCCUCCAGCCUGCCCUGCGAUGAUGACGUGGCCCAGGACCUACGGGGGCUGGAGGCCCAGCUGCGGCGGCUCGAGGGGCUGGAGCAGGAGCUCGGGGAGCGGGAGCAGCGGCUGCAGGCUCUGCUGGAGGCUGGAGGCAGGGUGCAGAAGCGGGGUGCGGGGCCCGGGGCCCGUGCUGUGCAGCAGGGGCGGCAGGCGGUGAUGCAGGCUUGGGACGCCUUACAGCAGCGCGUGCAGGCGCGCCGGGCCCAGCUGGAGCACGCGCGCCUCCUGCUCCAUUUCCACAUGGCGGUGCAGGACUACAUCUCCUGGGCGGCCAGCCUGCGCGGAGAGCUGCAGACGGAGGACGACUCCCCAGAGCCCCCCCCUGCCCCACCCAGCCUCAGCGCCCUCCAGUGGCUUCAGGCGGAACUGCAGGCCCGGGAGGCCCUUUGGCAGCAGGCCACCCAGCUGGGCCAGCAGGCGCUGCUGGCUACGGGGGCGCCCACCGAGGAGGUUCAGGCCGGGCUGCGCACCCUGCAGGAUGAGCAUGAGGCCUGGGUGCAGGAGCGGGAGCGGCUGCAGGCUGCAUUGCAGGAGCAGCAACUUCUCCGGCAGUGCGGCCGCCUGGAGCAGAUCCUGAUGGCCCAAGAGGCAGCCCUGAAAUCCAGUGCCCUCGGGAGCUCAGUGGAAGAGGUGGAGCGGCUGAUCCACAAGCAUGGAAUCUUCCAGAAGGUGCUCGCCGCCCAAGAUGAGAAGGUGGCGGCUCUGCAGGAGCAGCUGGAGGCGCUGCGGGGCCAGCGGGGGCAGCGCGCGCUUCACGCGGUGCUGGAGCGCGGGGCCCUGCCCCCACCCUCACCCCUCACGUUGGCGACUUUGACACCACCACUCGUGAGCGAGACCGGGGUUUGCAGAGAUGAACGGCUGCGUCCAGCCAGUGCUGUGGACCCCACCUGGGCACUAGCAAGACCAGGGGCCCAGGAGGAGGAAACCCCCUCCCGCAAGACCCCAGCCCCUCCACUUCUUGCCGAGGAGUGGAUCACGGAGCGAGUGCAGCGGCUGGGCGAAUGGCGUCCCCCGGAGCACCUCAGAGCUCAUGGCACGCACUGGCGGCGACACCAGGCCUUCAAGGCUGAGGUGGAGGCGCACGCGCAAAUCCUCACCUCUGUGGUCCAGCAGGGUGAGGCCCUCCUGGCGCUGCGCGAGCCUCCAGGCGACCCGAGCCGGCAGCUGCAGGCCCUGCGGCAGCUCUGGGAGAAGCUGGGGCAGGCAGUGGCCCACAGGGACCAGCAGCUGGAAGACAAGUGGAAGUUUCUAGAGUUCCUGCACCAAGUAGAGCUUGCAGAGGCCUGGAUCCAGGAGAAGGAGGUGAUGGUGAACGUCCGAGACCUGGGCCGGGACCCCGAGCACUGUCUGCAGCUCUGCAGGCGGCUCCAUCAACUCCAGAAGGCCGUGGCGGCCAGGCGCACAGCGGGCCACGCGUACACAAGGCGCAUCGAGGACUUGUCGCUGCAGCUCCAGAACCGGGACCCCGAGGAAGUGAGGAUCGUGUGCCAGAGGCAGCGGCAGCUCAGCGACAGGUGGACCAGUUUCCAUGGUGACCUGCGGCAGUACCAGCAGCAGCUGGAAGGCGCCCUGGAGAUGCACGCCCUGUCCCGGGAACUGGACGGGGUCAUGGAGAGGAUUGGGGAGAAAGCAGCCGCCGCCCAGGCGCCGGUGUGCGAGGCGGAUGCGGAGCGCGCGCAGAGGCUGCUGGGGACGCAGGAGACGCUGGAGCAGGAGGUGGAGCUCAUGCAGGCGCAGGUGGAGUCCCUGCAGGACAGAGUGGGUCGCCUCUGCGGGAGGAGCUGCGUGGCGGCCCAGAGCCUCAGCCGCAAGCAGCAGGAGCUGAUGGGCGGCUGGCGGCGGCUCCGCAGCGAGGUCCGGAAGCGGAGGGAGUCCCUGGAGGCCCAGCACCAAGCUCAGAAGUUCCAGGCGUCUGUGCAGGCGCUGCAGGUGUGGUUCCGGGAGCUGUGGGCCGACAUGAGUGCUCAGGGCGCCCCCUGCAGCCCCGAGGGAGCACUACGCAUGCUGGAGGAGCACCGGGAAUGCAAGGUGGAGCUGGGGGUUCACAUGGACAGCGCCAACGUGGUCCGAAGCACCGGGCAGCGACUGCUGGCCACCGGACACCCCCUGGCCGCUGGCAUUCGCCAGGCCCUCGCUGCCUUGGAGCAGGAGCUGAGCAGCGUGCGGGGAGCCUGGCAGGAGCGCGAGCUGCAGCUGCAGCAGGCCCUGGCGCUGCAGCUGUUCCUGCAUUCUGUGGAGAAGGUGGAGCGCUGGCUGCGUAGCGAGGAAACCACCGCCGAGGGGCUCGGGGACCCCUUGGCCAACUUGGAGAGCCUUGUGUGGAGGCACAGGCGGCUGGAGGAGGGCCUGCGAGCCCAGGAGGAAAAGAUGACUGCUCUGGAGGCCGCUGCCCGCGGCCUGCACCAGGAUGGACACCCGGAGGCCCCCAGCGCCUUGGCCAGAUGCCAGGCGGUGCUUCUGAGGAAAGAAGCACUCGUGGAGCGAGCGAGGACUCAGGGCCUCUGGUUGGAGGAGCUGAGGCGGCUGCAGACCUUCCUGCAGGACUGCGACGAGGUGGCCGCGUGGCUGAGGGAGAAGAGCCUGGUAGCACUGGAGGAGGGGGGGCAGGACCCCGCCACGCUGCCGGUGCAGCUGGGGAAGCAGCAGAAUCUGCAGGCCGAGCUGGAUGCCAGCGCCCCCCUGCAACAGGAGCUGCAGACGGAGGGGCGGAGGCUGCUGCAGGGCGGCUGCGCGAACCCCGAGGCGGUCAGGGAGCGGCUACAGGAGCUCAGGGAGCUGUGGGGUGAGCUGCAAGCCAGCUGCCAGAGGAAGGAGGCCCAGCUACAGGAGGCACGCGAGGCCCUGCACCUGCGGCGGAGCGUGGAGGAACUGGAGUGCUGGCUGGAGCCUGUGGAAGCGGAGCUGAGGGCCCCAGUCAGGGGCCGGGACCUGCCCGAAGUGGAGGAGCUCCUGCGGGCCCAGGCGGAGCUGGAGGCGGCCUUGGCCAGGCGGACGGGGCAGGCCCAGGCCCUGGUGCGGGAAGACCACCGCCUGGAUGGAGCCACCGAGGAGCGGGCCCAGCAGCUGCUGCAGAGGUUCCAGAACCUUCAAGAGGCUCUGCAGGAGCGCAGGACCCAGCUGGAGGCCCAGGACCUCCUCCUGCAGUUCCUCAGGGACGCUGACGAGGAGCUGGCCUGGGUGCGGGAGAAGCUGCCCCUGGCCACCACCCAAGACACUGGCCAGAGCCUGAGCGCCGUCCAGCACCUGCAGGAGAAACACCAGAACCUGGAGUGUGAAAUGAGCAGCCACGAGGCGCUGAGCCAGGUCGUGGUGGGCACGGGGCACAAGCUCCUGCAGGCCGGGCACUUUGCCGCCAUGGAGGUGGCCGCGCGUGUGCAGCAGCUGGAGGAGGCCACGGCGCAGCUGCGGGCGGCGACCUCGCGGCGGAGGCUGGUGCUGCAGCAGGCCCGCGAGGCCCAGCAGUUCCUGACAGAGCUCCUGGAGGCGGGGUCGUGGCUGGCGGAGAAGAGCCGUGCUCUGGACAGUGAGGACAUGGGCCGGCACGCCGAAGCCACACAGGCCCUUCUGCGGCAGCUGGAGGCCAUCAAGAGAGACCUGGAGGGGUUCAGCCAGCACGUGGAGCAGCUGCGGCAGACAGCUGCCCUCCUGGAGAGCAGACAGAACCCAGACAGCCCCCGGGUGCAGGCCCAGCUCCAGGCGGUGACAGGGGCCCACGAGCGGCUGCUCCGGAGAGUGGAGGGCCGGGGCCGGGGCCUGCGGGAGCAGCUGCAGCGACACCGGCUGCAGCGGGAGACGCUGCUGCUCGAUGCCUGGCUCACCACCAUGCUGGCUGCCGCGGAGUCCCAGGACUGCGGGCAAGACCUGGACGGCGUCCAGGUGCUGCAAGAGAAGUUUGAAGCUUUCAGAAGCGAGGUCCGGAGCCUGGGGCAGGCCCUGUGGGAGCGGGCGGCCCCCCUGGAACAAGGAAUAUCAAGGUGCGACCCCCAGAUUCAAGCCCAGAAGAGCAGGAUCCAGGCCACUUGGGAGAGGCUGGAGCAGGCAAUGGAAGCCCGCACCCAGAGCCUGGCUGCAGCGCGUGAGGUGUGUGGCUUGGAGCAGGCCGCACGCCAGCUGCAGGGCUGGGUGCAGGAGAAGCACGCCCAGCUGGAGCCCGCCCGUGGCAGAGGCCUGCAGCCCGCCCCGCAGCGGCAGCGGCGCCUGCAGAGGGAACUGGAGGCUAUCGGAAAGGAGGUGGCGCGGAUCCAGAUGGACGCCCGCCGCCUGGGCCAGAAGCACCCCGCCGCCCAGGACAGGCUGACCACGCAGCUGGCCACGCUGCGGGGCGCCUGGGCCUCCCUGCAGGCCGAGGCCCGGGAGCGGGGCCGGCGGCUGGAGCAGGCGGCCCAGGGCCAGGCCUUCCUCACUCGCUGCCAGGAGCUGCUAGCGUGGACUGAGGAGAGGCAGGCCCUGGUGUCGUCCGCGGAGCUGGCUGGAGACAUGGCGGGAGCCGAGCAGCUGCUGGGGCAGCAGGAGGAGCUGGAGCGCGGACUCCAGGAGCGCUGCCUCCAAGCCCAGAACAUUCGGCAGGAAGGGCAGCAGCUGAUGGACAGCGGCCACUUCCUGUCCUCAGAGGUGAGCGCACAGUUGUCCACAGCCCUGGGACUCGCAGCAGAGGGGAGGCGAGGGGGGGCGCGAGUCCCGGCCGCGCCCUCCUCGGCCCCUCUCCGCCAGGUGGCAGAGCACGUGCGGGAGCUGGACACGCGGCUGCGGGCCUGGCUGGCCGCCAGGGAGGGCCCGCUGCUGCGGGAGCCCAGCUGCGGGAACUCGGUGUCGGAUGUGGAGCAGCUGCUCCACAGACACAGGGACCUGGAGAAGCUGCUGGCAGCCCAGGAGGAGAAGUUUGCCCAGCUGUGGACGCCAUUAGAGGUGGCUUCCACAGAGCCCUUUGACCUCCAGGUCCAGAGUGAGAGCACGGGCUGAGCACACGCCGUCCCCCGGGGAGGAGACAUC